UUCGUAAUUUAAAACUUUCUUACAAAUAUGUAAUCCAUGUAUGUUUUUGUAGUGUAUAUGGAAAUAGAGGAUUCAUACCGGAAUGUCUCGGACCUGGACAAAUUCGAUUAAGCUCCAGCCAUCACGUUUCUUAGGCUGAUUUUGGAGCUCUUUUCUCUCGAGAUUAUUCUUCUUCCAUCGCCACUUCUCCUACGAUUAGACUCUCGAUGUUGUUUAAGCCAACUGCUCCAUCUUCGACUUUACCGUCGCGGUGUAAUCACAUUCGACGUCAGACGUAAUCUCCACCUAAACUCAGGUGACUUCGAGAGCCUCCGUCUCAACGUCUGAAGCCUCACGUGCCUUUCUCUUUAUGCUUUUGGACAUUAGGAAAUUUUAGGCCCAACAAAAAUAAUGAGAGAAUAGGCCCAUCUUGGUCCAAUAGAAGAAGAGGUUGGUCGUGCCUAGCUUCUCUUCUCUUCACCAUCGGCCACCGUAACACGAUUUCCCGGCCAACAAUCUGAUGUUAUCCGGUGAGUUUAUGGUCACCACACCUUGGUGAUUCUCUCUCUCACUGCCUUUCUCUUCCUCGACAGUGAAAAAAAAAACCCGAAACUGUUUCUCCGUUACGUUCUGCUCGUGACGACAUCACUACUCUUUGGUCGUCGUCAGGAUCUCGAGCCGUUCCGUCGGAAUCUCAAGCAGCAUAUACAUUUUUCUCUUCUCUUCCUGUCAUCUUCGGCUAUCUCUUAGAAGUCAGAACAACCCAGCUCCUCCUCUCAUUCUUUCUUUGCUUUUCCUGGGUUUAGGGAUUUAGUCUUGGAGAAAUCUGGAGCCUAGGUGCUGGCUUGGCCGAUCCUUGAGCUAUGUUGUUGAAUAGGUUGUCGAGGCGUUGCUACUGCACUUCUGCUCAACGACCAUGGUUGUUUUUGGGAUUGGGCAAUCCCGGAGACAAAUAUAAAGGGACUAGACACAAUAUCUCUGCUCUUGUUUUGGCUACGCUGCAGAUUGGGUUCGAAAUGAUUGAUGCUUUUGCUGAGUCAGUGGGGAUUCAGAUGAACCUGGUCAAUUUCAAGGCUAUAAUGGGACAAGGUUUCGUGGGUGAUCUCCCUGUUCUCCUGGCUAAGCCACAAACCUACAUGAACUUGAGCGGUGAAUCAAGUGGACCUCUUGCGGCUUAUUACAAGUUACCUCUCAAUCGUGUGCUUGUGGUGCAUGAUGACAUGCAAUUGCCAUGUGGUGUUCUUCGUCUUCAAGAAAAAGGAGGCCAUGGAUGUCACAACGGGUUAAAAAGUGUUAUGAACCAUUUUCGAGGCAACAGGGAAUUUGGAAGGCUACGAAUUGGAAUUGGAAAGCCUCCGGGACAAAUGGAUCCGAAAGCGUUCUUGUUGCAGAAGUUCAGCAUGCCAGCUCGAGAACGGAUGGAUGGAGCUUUAGCAGAAGGGGUGGAUGCUCUGAAGCUGGUAUUGUCUAAAGACUUUGGAGAAAGCUGGAGAUUAUUCAAUGUGGAACAGAAGUACAAACACUUAAGACAACAUACAAUAAUUGCAGCUUAGACCAAUUGCUUUCUACUCUCUACAGAUCAUAUUCAUCAAAGAUGAGUUCGAUUAUGGAAGUGCCUUUUAUAGGUUUUUGAAUACCUGAUAAGAACGACUCAUGUGUUCUUCAAGUCAAGUCAAGUCAAUGUAUAUAUAUUUAUGAUAUUGUGCCUGUCUCUUCUUGUACCUGGAUAUACACUCUAUUUCUAGAUUUCAGAUUUUUAGAGUCGACGGUUGUCCUUAA